AUUACCCACCCCGCAAAUGGAUUAUUUACGGGUUAUCCACUAUAAGCAAUAAUAAUCCGCCCUGCGAAGCUCUAUUGCGCAGCCUACUCCUCAGGAGAUUCUGUCCGUAAAUCAUGAAUGCUGAAACCAAGAUUGUAUAAGAAGUUGAAGAAUUUGGUGGAGGGUAGCAGAUCGGUCGAGCAGUAAGUAAUGAUAUUUGACAAGCCAUAGCUAAAAUAACAAGGACUGACACAGAUAGGUUAUCUGAGAUGCACAACCAUUUGCUCAAGCUUGCACGAUCACUCGAGAGUUUUGCUCCAUGGAAGCGCGCGAUGGGCUUCUUGGCAGGAAAACACUCCUGUGCCUGCAGUACCCCAGGGACACGGGGGAUCAUAGUUGGCCGCAUCCAUACAGCUUCAACCACUUGAGCUUUCUUGAGAAAACUUUACGUGAUGCAUACACUGCCUGGCAGCGCUUUGACAGUGUGAAGUUUAAAUCACUUGAGCGAAAUGCAAUUUUCAAGGCGUGUAGUAUAAAAUUCAAGAUGAUCCAUGCUAAGAAAACCUAGAUCAGGAAUACAGGCUCUAUUUGAUAUACAGAUUGCUGGCAUGAUACAUAAAAUAGACAAACAACUAGACUAGAUGCAGACACAUAGAAGCCAAGAUAAUGUGUUAAGUACAUUGAAGAGCUACAAAAGACUAAAAUAAACGAAACCUCGACCUGCGCUGAAGAAUAUACAGAAAUUCCUCGUACUGAGUGGUGAUCUUGAAGGUCCACAAUAUGUCAAGCCCAAGAUCGAAGAACAGUUUCAACGAAAUCCUCGUGAAAUAGCACAUCGCAUAAGGAUUCUCAAAUCUCAAGAGCCACGUCUUUCAGUAGUGAAGGGGUUGGUGAUAUCAAUAGACAGAAGGCAGAGAAUAAAAGUUGGAGCUGCGACUUUCAAGACUAGAGUUGUAUGUUUCUUGAAGAUUUCUUAGGUCCGAAAAUGGGACACCACAAUCCCAGCCCCAUACACAAACCACAGCAACCUCCGCACAAGUUCCAGAAAACAUAAAAAUCCCAACUCACAACUAGGAGCAUAUGAUAGUAACAAACAAACGAACAAACAAACAAACAACAACUAACAUAUCCAAACCAUGCACAGCACAGCACACUCCGAUCCGAAAGAGAUCGCAGACGAAGAAUUCAAGUCUAAGAAACGAAAAAAUCCUGGCGACGAAAGAAAUAAGAUCUUACUCAUCUUAUCUCGCUACAUUUACUUUACAGUAUGCGUGAUAAUCGCACCAGCAGAUCUGAGGUUCAAAUCGCGGUUUAAAGGUAAGAAUAAGAUUUUACUGUACUCGAUAACCUUAUAAUAGAAAUCAUAAAGCGAUCGAUUUCAGAUUAGGAUCCUGCUGGAACUUCGUUGUGUCCAUAACACCGUCAAUCGAUGAACCAAUCGAUUGAUGGGUGGAAGAGUCGAGUAUAGUUAUAUUGAAGUUUGGUGUAUUUGGAUCUAUUGCGAGUGUAUGUAACCUUAUACCAAUAUAUAGAACACUUAUAUACUAUAUAACAGUGGUGCGGAUCUCGCAAAACCCAGCUAG